AAUUGCCACUAUACCAUUAGUCAAAACCGGGUGUUCCAAAAUACCACAAAAAAAACCAGCUUUGCCAAGAUGCCAUCGCCGCUUAUGUUUUCGAUGCCAGGAUACCACUGCCGUUAGUUUGCACAGCUUUCACGUUAGUAAAUCUGAGUUGGGCUUGCCAGUUUAUUUAAAAGGACAAAACUGCCCUCAUCUAGACCUAGCCAAAAGAUCUGGAGAGACCGGCAUCUCCAACCAAAUUCCCCACAGCGCACGCACACGACGAACCAUGGCGGCGCGCCCGGCCGCCGCAUCCCAGCGCCGGCGCAGGCUGCUGCUCUCUCCCCUCUAAAUCCUUGCUCCGCCGCGUGCCGCACCUCUCAGCUGUCCUGCUCGACCUCCACUCACGUCGCCCCACUGCUGCCCUGCUCCUCCCAAGGCCCGACGAGGGACCGGACGAGGAGACCGGCACGGCAACGCCUGGAGAGGCGCCCUCUGCCACGUCUAGCCCGAGCUUCUAUUCUCCUCGACGCUGCACUGUUGUGGCCUGUGGGCGUUGAUCGAUGGACACCUUUCGAGUAGAAAUAGAUGUACAGUCGUACUUGACGUUUGUAGAUGGCAAAAGAGUGUAUCGGAGAGGAAAAACAUGGGAUUUUGGGGGUCGAUUCAACCUUUCUUACCGGGAAAUACACGGGACAGUUGGCUGCAGCUAUUGGUGUUGAUGGACAUAGUUGGAUGUUUCCUGUGGCAAUUGGGAUCUUCGAGAAAGAAAAUACUGAAAACUGGGUGUGGUUCAUGCAACAACUUAAACUAUGUAUUGGUGAUCGAAAAGGGCUCGCAAUCCAUACAGACGCAUGCAAAGGACUGGAAAAUGCCAUCAAUGCAGUGUACCCAAACUGUGAGCAUAGAGAAUGCAUGAUGCAUCUCAUGCUUAACUUUAAGAAGAAGUUCAAAGGUGACAUACUCGAUAACAUGUGGCCAGCUGCAUGGACAUAUGAAGUUGAGAAGCAUGAGUCCUUCAUUGCGGCGAUUGAAGCUGCCAGCCCUGAAGCAAUAGCCUACUUAAGGCAGCAUCAUGAUCGUGUGUGGACUAGAAGCAAGUUUUCACCAAUAGCGAAAGUCGAGUAUGUUAGUAAUAACUUAGCAGAAGUGUUCAAUAAUUGGAUCAGAGAGAAGAAACAACUUGCAAUUGUGGAGCUUCUAGACACAUACAGGGAAAUGGUGAUGCUAAUGAGAGGAAAAAGAAGAGAGCUUGCGGAUAAGCUGCAAGGUACCAUACUGCCUAGUGUGAUAAAGGAAUUGAAUCAAAAAAGCAAGGGUUUGCGUUAUGGUGAAGUAAGGGCAACACCAACCAUAGCCGAGAUAUCGGGAAAUGGUUGGAGGCACACGGUUGACUUGGGAAAAAGAGAAUGCUCUUGUAGGCGCUGGCAGAUUGGUGGUAAGCCUUGCACACAUGCUCUCCAUUUCAUAUUCUCCAAAGGAGAGAAAGUAGAUCAGUAUGUCGAUGAUUGCUUCUCGGUGGCGAAGUUCCAAACUGCAUAUGAGCCAAUUCUCAUGCCAAUUAGGGGCCAAUCCCAAUGGCCUAAGGUGCAACCAGACUUUGAAAUGAUUCCUCCCAAGCUCUCAAGGAGUGCAGGACGUCCAAGAACUAGGAGAUACAAGAACAGUUGGGUGGGUGGAACUGGUAGGAAACAUGUAUGCAAAAGAUGUGGAGCAACUGGCCAUCUUAAGAAAACAUGCAAAGAACCAGAAAAAGAUAGCGAUGCCGAUCAAGAUGCAACUCCUCUUCCAAAACGGCAAAAGUCAAACAAACCUCCAGGAACCACUACUUCUACUCCUCCGUGCACGCCAACUAAGCAAUCUUCUCAACCUGUUAUUGCAACUUCAAGCCCGAUGACAAGGUUGAGGGCAGCAGCCAUUGCGAUUGCUUCUUCACCUCCUAGUGCAUCUACGAGGAGCAAAAGUACUACUAAUAGCCCAUUCAAACAAGUUUAGUUAAUUUACCUGUAUGUUGAACUACUAGUGUGUCCUUUUGGUGAUGUAUGGGGCAAGUGAUCCUUUUGGUGAUGUAUGGAGCAUGUGAUCCUUUUGGUGAUGUGUGGGGCGUCUGAUCCCUUUGGUGAUGUGCUGGGCUUGUAAUUAUGAUAUAUACUCUAUGUCCUGCUGAAAUGCUCGUGAAAUUAUAUGAAAAUGAUGUCAAAGUGUUGGCUGAAA